CACAUUGCGCGCCGUUUCGUACGCGUGUAAACGAUUAUUGUAUUUUAUUGUUGUUAUCGUCAUAGUUCACACGUCGUUAUAGGUAGGUGUUGUAAAUUAUUAUUGUGUCAUAUUAUUUACGUUGUCGCGUACGACGACCAUCAACCGUUCGUUCAGGGGAGACGCGUCGACUGUUAAAAAAUAAUAAAAAAUAAACUAAAACUCGAAUUUCGUUUGAAUCGUGCGUCGUGCAUAAUAUAAUAUAUGUAUUUACAACGCAAUGCAUGACGUGUAUGUGCGUAGAUCGUAAAUUCGCGAUACUCGAGUGUGACUUCUGCACGUGAAACUUAUCGCUACAACCAGGUCAGUGUACAGACGCUUAUCAUUUGGAUGCGAGCGUAAUUACAACGGCGACUGUGGAAAAAUCAGGGGCGCAAUGCCCGGUGGUGGUGGUGGUGGUAGUGGCGGCAGCGGUGGCGGCAACAGUCAACAGCAUAGGCUAGACACGAUGACCAUGUUACGGCGGAGAAACCGCAGUAACCGCGGACGGUUGGUCCGUUGGGAACGGGUGUCCGAGUGGACAGGAACCGCGCAUGUCACCGCCUGGGACGUGAUCGUCCGUGAUUCGUUACUACACAUCGCUUGGCCUAUGUCAUUGGGAUCCGAGCCGGUCGGACCUCCACUGGACCAGUUGUACGUUACCGGAUCGUCGUCUAAUGAUCUCAUAUCUCGACGUGGUGUGUUCAGCAGGCGUCACUAUGGUUCUGUUGAAUUGUUGCCUCAACUGGAUGCAUCUGGACAAGAUCCUGGAGGAAGAAGAUUUCGUAUCGAAAAUGGUGACUCUCUUGGAGAAAAAGAAGAGAUAUUUGGAUCUCCUUGUACUCCAGUUCUAGAAAAUCCAGAAUUUCAGACACGGUGGUACUUUAAAUAUUUUUUGGGAAAAUUGCACCAGAAUUAUGUAGGAUCGGAUGUGGAUAAGUUUCCAUUUUUUUUAUCCGUUGUACUAACGGAUGCUAAUCAUCAGUGCGUGCCUCAGUAUAGAGCAAUCUUAUGGCGCAAAACGGGAGCACAAAAAAUCCUAUUACCUCAUACACCACACAAGCCAAUGACAGUCAAGCAAAUAUUAAGCAACUUUCCAGCAAUGGAUAAGUUAGAAAAAGGUCCAAAGGAAAUAUUUUCUCCGGAAAUUCAAAAGGAUUUGUUGCUUUUGGAAGAGCAAGAAGGAUCAGUAAAUUUCAAAUUUGGCGUGUUGUACACCAAACCAAGCCAACUAACCGAUGAUGAGAUGUUAAGCAACGAAAAUGGCAGCGAGGAAUUCAAUCAGUUCAUAUCGUUAUUGGGCAAUCGAGUACGUCUAAAAGGAUGGGAUAAAUACCGAGGAGGAUUGGACGUAAAAGGCGAUAUGACGGGCGAAUAUUCGGUGUACACGAUUUACGAAGGACAUGAAAUCAUGUUUCACGUAUCCACGAUGUUGCCGUAUUCGAAGGACAACCGACAGCAGGUGGAACGCAAACGUCACAUUGGAAACGACAUUGUCAACAUUGUGUACGUGGACGGGGGUGCGACACAAAUGUCUCAAUUCAACCCCGCGUUUAUCAAGUCACAGUUUACACAUGUUUUUGCGUUAGUUGCAUAUGAUUCGUCGGACAACAGCUAUAAACUGGUGGUUUACUCCGAAGAAUCUGUACCACUAUUCGGUCCAUCGCUACCGUGUCCUCCGGUCUUUAAAGUGCCUCAAGAGUUCAGGGAAUUUCUCAUUGUCAAAAUGAUAAAUGGUGAAAAAGCCACGUUCAAUACGCCGACAUUUGCAAAAAAACGAGAACGAACACUUGACAUGCUCAUUAAAGACCUGUACUCAGACUACAUAUCGGAUUCUAGUAAAGGGGCGAUGUUGAACAGACGAGCGUUCAGCGACGUACUGCCAGAUCCGCCACGCAGCUCGCGGCGCAAGGAAGAGGCCCGGCAGGUGGAGUUCGUGCGGAUCGGCCAGGCGCUCAAACUGGAUACCAUCGUCAAAGGGGAUGCGCCCACCAGCCUCGCCACCACGGGACUCUUCAAGCGGGCGCCCUGGGAGCCGCAGUGCUUCUACCCUGACUUUGGUCACGACAUCGUGUGCGGGGACUCGUGGGCUGACAGCCGACUAAUCAUCAGCACUGACAACAGUGGAGUGUUUGUAAUCGAAGACGGCGUAUCUCAGAGGCAAAUCUUCGACAAGACGAUACAAGCCAAUCAGUUGAACGUCGUAGAAGCUCACGGUAUCCUUUUGUUCAGGACCGAAAAGGGUCGUGACAGCAAGAUAUACGUAUUCAGAUUAUCUGAGUUCGAUGCGGACAUCCUGACCGAAGUAAAGAGUAAACCAGACCUCAAAGACCAUAAACUAGAACGCACCAGGGGCUGCAGUAUGUACGCGAUUAGUAAACCCGGCGGUUCGAGACUCAAAAUGGUAAUCUGUGUAAAUCGCAAAUUGACACUGAUGCAAUGGAAACACUCAGCCGCCUGGACAGCUUGGUGUCCGGCCAGCGAUACGGACACGGUCGAAGGGUUCAUGUAUCUGAGGGAAUUCCAAAUCGCCGAACAGCCAUCGAUAAUAACGCUGAUUGAGUCGGCGGUCGGUGGUAACUCGGACACGUGCAGUAUUUGCGUUGGGUACAAACAUCAGUUCGACAUCAUCACCGAUGGAUCAGGCACCGCCCAACGAUUGUUUGCGGUUCAAGAAGGCACCAAAGCUCACUUGGUGUCUGCCACUGAUCUCUACGAAGACGAGGAGCCCGAGUUGCUAUUAUGCUAUAACAACACUUGUCAUUUUCAAAAACUCAGUGAGACAAACAAUACAACCGAAUUUGAUUUCCAUUGGAAUUCCAUUCCGAAGGAUAUAGUGUGUUCUUUUCCAUACAUCAUAGCAUUUACCACGGAUACAAUGGAAAUCAGACUUAUAAUCAAUGGCAAUUUAGUCCAGACUAUGGCCAUGCCGAAAUUAAAAUUAAUUUGUUCCAAGAAUGACAUAUAUUUUGCAACUACUGCUCCAGAAUUUUUCCACGGGAAAAUGGAGAGACUGCAAAUGGACCAACAAAAAGCCGAACGAGAGAGCAUGUCACCGCCUGCUUCGCCACACUUAUCUCCGGAAACGAAACCACUUCGUCUUUACCGAAUACCUUUGAACGCGCUCACCGGCGUGGUCGGCCCGUGUGACCGGAAAUGCAUCAACGAGGCCGACGAUUCGAACGAGAACAAGACCGUCGAAAACCUCAAACUGACGGAAAGCAAGUCCCGGACGUCGGCGAGCAGAAGUUGCACAGCAUCGCCGACGACUGGUCUGAACGCCACUAAUCUGCUGCUGCACAAGACAUAAACAUUCCAACGGUCAUUACACGCAAUAUAAUUAAAAAAAUAUUUUAAUGCGUAUACUCUCCAUAAUAUUUUUAAAUUGUUGUUACCGCGCAUUAAUCGGGGGCAUAUUCAAGCGGCCGUCCGCCACCGCCACUGAUCAUCUACUGUGGUUGUCCACAAACCCGGUGGAAAAUUUUUUUUUUUUUUUUUUGGAUUAAACUAAAAAAAAAAAAAUCUAAUCCCGCCAUCCACACGAAUACCGUAUACCUAUAUUAUAAUCAAACUACCAUCGUGGAGGAGAAGCGCGUCAUUUAUAUCAUAAUGCGGUGUCAAUUCAGACCAAGUGCAUUCGUGCCAAAAUCGCUUAGAUAUGCCACCUACUAAAAUUAUUAUUAUUAAGAUUAUUAUUAUUAUUAUUAUUAUUUUUUUUUUUAAUU